AUGGCAGCAGCCCAGACCCCUACCUGUCCUAUAACCCUGGUUCUGCUGGGGGAGUUUGGCACUGGGAAGAGUGCCAGUGGGAACACCAUCCUGGGAGAGAAAGCUUUCGCAUCGAGGGCCAGUGCAGCACCACUCACCACUCAGUGUCAGAAAGCAGAGAGGGAAGUCUAUGGAAGACGGGUGACAGUCAUCGACACCCCAGACUUCUUUGAUCAAGAUCUUAAACAGUCAGACCGACAUGUUAGGGAGUGCAGAGAGAUGUGUAAGGGGCGGGAGUGUGUGUAUCUGCUGGUCAUCCAGAUUGGCCGCUUCACUGAGGGAGAGAGAGGCAUUUUAGAGAGGCUGGAAAAGAGACUGGGGAAGAUACGAGACAGAACCAUGAUCCUCUUCACAUAUGGGGAUGGUCUAAAAGGUCAGAGUAUUGAUGAUUAUGUCAGAAACACCAACCCACACCUCCAGCAGUUGAUUGGGAAAUGUGGGGACAGGUAUCAGGUGUUCAACAACAAGGACAGAGGCGAGUGGAGAGGGCAGGUGGAGACGCUCAUGGAACAGAUAUAUAAAGGAAACGUGACCCAGAGCCCUAACUGUCCCAUCACCCUGGUUCUGCUGGGGGAGUUUGGCACUGGGAAGAGUGCCAGUGGAAACACCAUCCUGGGAGAUGACAAGUUUGCAUCAAAGGCCACUGUAGGACCACUCACCACUCAGUGUCAGAAAGCAGAGAGGAAUGUCUGUGGAAGACGGGUCACAGUCAUCGACACCCCAGACUUCUUUGAUAAAUACCUAAAAGAGCCAGAAAGACAUGUUAGGGAGUGCAGAACGAUGUGUAAGGGGCGGGAGUGUGUGUACCUGCUGGUCAUCCAGAUUGGCCGCUUCACUGAGGGAGAGAGAGACAUUUUAGAGAGGCUAGAGAGGAAACUAGGGAGGAUAAGAGACAGAACCAUCAUCCUCUUCACUCAUGGGGAUGCUCUGAAAUCACGUCAGAGUAUUGAUGAUUAUGUCGGAAACACCAACAAAGACCUCCAGAAGUUGAUUAGUGAAUGUGGUGGCAGAUAUGAGGUGUUCAACAGCAAGAGUAGAGACGAGUGGAGAGGGCAGGUGGAGAGGCUCAUGGAAAAGAUAUAUAAAGGAAACGUGAGUGAGAAUAAGAGAAGGGGAAAGGAGCAGAGGGAAGGAAGUGUAGUGGGACCCAUCCCAGACACAUCAAGACCCCGACGCCCAGCCCAGAGCCCUAACUGUCCCAUCACCCUUGUUCUGCUGGGGGAGUUUGGCUCUGGGAAGAGUGCCAGUGGAAACACCAUCCUGGGAGAAGAGAAGUUUGCAUCAGAGGCCACUGCAAGCCCACUCACCACUCAGUGUCAGAAAGCAGAGGGGGAUGUCUACGGAAGAUGGAUGACAGUCAUCGACACCCCAGACUUCUUUGAUCAAGAUCUUAAACAGUCAGACCGACAUGUUAAGGAGUGCAGAGAGAUGUGUAAGGGGCGGGAGUGUGUGUACCUGCUGGUCAUCCAGAUUGGCCGCUUCACUGAGGGAGAGAGAGACAUCUUAGAGAGGCUAGAAAAGAAACUGGGGAAGAUAAGAGACAGAACCAUCAUCCUCUUUACAUAUGGGGAUGAUCUGAAAUAUGGUCAGAGUAUUGAUGAUUAUGUCAGAAACACCAACCUACAUCUCCAGAAGUUGAUUGGGAAAUGUGGGAACAGGUAUCAUGUGUUGAACAACAGGGCAAGUGAUGAGCAGGUGAAGGAACAGCAAGGGGCUAAUAGAAGAAUAUCUGUUAUUGCCAUUAUCCACACCUACAUGUUCACAAUGAGAUUGAGAGCACUCACCUCA